AUGACCGCUGAAGAUUUGAAAGGAUUGGAUAUGGUUGCAGCUCCAUACGAUAUGAGCACGGAUUUGGCUGUUGAGAUGGAGUUUGGAACAAUGAGUAUACCUGCAUCAUAUCGCGUUUCUGUACAACGAGAAGGCGAAACGAUCACCCAAUCUGUGGUACACGCACCGGUUACUGUGUUCUACUUGAAUAAUCUGCCUCGCGAUGGAAGAGAGUAUUCUGUGAGAGUCGAACCAGAUCGACAAUACCAGACAUUCCCAGCCAAGACA